AUGGAAGGAAAAUCAAGCAAUUUGAGCUUGUUUUUCAUUGUUUUCAACUUUGCAAUAAUUAUGCCUUUUUCUCUGUGUGAAUUUACCUCCAAACACUAUGGUGAAGCCCUUUCUAAAAGUUUCUUGUACUUGGAAGCUCAGCGUUCAGGGCAUUUGCCUCAUAACCAAAGAGUUCUUUGGAGAUACCAUUCUGCCCUACUUGAUGGCCUUGAACAAGGGGUUGAUUUGGUAGGAGGGUAUUAUGACGCUGGUGACAAUGUGAAAUUCGGUUUUCCAAUGGCUUUUACCGUGACAAUGUUGUCAUGGGGAGUCCUUGAGUAUGGGAAAGAGAUAAUGGAGGCAGGAGAAUAUGAUCAUGCACUUGAAGCAAUUAAAUGGGGCACAGAUUAUUUCAUCAAAGCUCAUACUCAUCCUACUGUUUUAUGGGUUCAGGUUAGUGAUACUAGCCUUCAUAUGCACGCGAUGCAGGACACCACACCUCCUCCCUUGGUAGGUGAUGGCAACACCGAUCACUACUGUUGGCAACGCCCCGAGGACAUGACAACAUCACGGCGAGCUUACAAGAUCGAUGAGAAAAAUCCGGGAUCCGACGUAGCCGGAGAGACGGCCGCAGCAAUGGCAGCUGCAUCUUUAGUGUUUAGGACAACCAACCCACAUUAUUCUAAUAUGCUCCUGGACCAUGCUCAACAAUUGUUCGAAUUUGGUGACAAGUAUAGAGGGAAAUAUGAUGAUAGUAUAAAAGAUGUGAAGGGUUAUUAUCCUUCAUGGAGUGGGUACAAAGAUGAGUUAUUAUGGGCAGGUUUGUGGCUAUACAAGGCCACUAAAAAAGCGAACUACUUGGAGUAUGUCAUCAAUAAUGCUAUCUCAUUUGGAGGAGUCACUUGGGCUGUAAAUGAAUUUAGUUGGGAUCUUAAGUAUGCUGGUGUUCAGAUUAUUGCUUCCAUGCUAUCAAGAGAAGAACAAGAUGACAAACAUAAGCAAAUCUUAGAUCAAUACAAAUCAAAGGCAAAUUACUACUUAUGUGGAUGCCUCAACAAAAACAAAGUCAACAAUGCAAAGCGCACACAAGGGGGUUUAUUGUUCACCCACAAAUGGAAUAACAUGCAAUAUGUAUCAAACGCUGCGUUUCUCCUUACAAUCUACUCUGAUUACCUCAAAACGACAAAUCAGACUCUUAAUUGUCCCCAAGGAGAAAUGGGCCCACAAAAGAUCUUCUCCUUUGCCAAAUCACAAGUAGAUUACAUAUUAGGCAUGAAUCCCAUGGGCCUCAGUUAUUUGGUUGGGGUUGGGCCUAAAUACCCACUUAGGGCCCAUCACAGGGGUGCAUCAAUCCCAUCAUACAAAUUGAUUAAAGAUUUUAUUGGGUGCACUGAGGGAUAUAAUAAAUGGUAUGGACACCCAAAUUCAAACCCUAAUCUUUUGAGUGGGGCCCUUGUUGGUGGUCCAAAUGAUCAAGAUGAGUUUAUUGAUAAGAGGAGUAAUUAUGCUCAAACUGAAGCUUGUACAUACAAUACCUCCCCUUUGAUUGGGGUACUUGCUAAAUUGCAUAGCUUACAUAACUAUUCUAUUUAUUAGAAUUUUAUUUAGAUUUUUCAUAAUUUUUGUCAAUGAAGUU